UUCCCCUAUCGCAAGUUGUCAUUUAUAGAAAAUGAACCUAGAGUCGGUCUUGGGUACUCUAGAAACCACUGGUUAUGUCGGCCAUGUGGUAAGUACAGAAGAAGCAAUGAUACUCCACAAUUCCCUGUUGAUUCUCCAAAAUGAAAACCAUUUUCGCAACACAUUUUUCUGGGGACGCAUUCUAGGUGUUGAACAAGACUACUAUAUUGCUUUCGGCUAUGUUUCUGACGCUUUAAAAGGAAGAGUUUACUACUAUAGUAGAGAUUGCCUGAACUGGGGACUUCUGCCAAACCCAACCAAGUAUGCCAAGAAAGUAACACCGUUCUGCAACACGAGAUUUCAAGGGGAUCCAGCUUUGGUUAUCGAUGUGCUGAUUGAAAAAGAAGAGACGACAUGGGAUACGACCUUGAAGAAACCUGAAAUCAGGAAACUGAAAGAAGAGGAUAGACUAUCUGCAACUGUCCAUACGAUUACAGAAGAAGCCGCUGUGCUACCACGUGGUGCUUUAUUCACUAGGCCUGAUGGAACAGUAGUGGAAAAUCUCAGUUUUGAAGGAUUAAGAUUAUUGGAUGCGCGUGAGCUGAGUUCAUAUCAGCACUAUCGAAUGCCAACGAGAAAAUGGAACACCAAUUUGCUAACUCGGGAUGAUUAUAACUAUGCCACUGAUUUCCUGGACCCCUUGGAUAUAGAUAUACCAGAAGGUUGUUGGCAGAUACAAAUCUUAGCUGGAGAUACUAUAGCAAUAGUCAAAUCUUUGUAUUGGCCUGGUUUGUAUUUUUAUCAUGUUGUAGAAACGCCAAGAUAUGGCUUCGUUUAUUUUGGGACUGGAAAAAAGUGUUUGGACACCGCUUUCAUGCUUUUACCUGCAACUUAGUUCUUAUUGAAUCUACUGUUUGUAUGAUGAAUGAUUAUGAUUUUAAGAAGAUUAUUAAAGUGAACCUACUGUAGCAACA